AAGUUUUAAUUUAUUUGUACUGUUAUAUAGAUAGUUGUACUAUUUAAAAUGUAGAGUAUUCAAAUAUGUACUCAUGAAGUCCAAUACCAUUGGGAAUACCAAAAUUUUGAAUACAGCGGUGGUUUGUGUAUGAACUUUUUACCAUUAGGAAGUAUACUGCACGAAAUUUUGCAAUCCAUGAGAUUUAUUGUUCUAAUUUUCAUAGAAAUCAUUGAAAUGUGUAGAAUAGAGCUGUUCGUGAGCUUCCAUGGCGCUCAAGAUUUGAUAUUUUAAAGGAACGAAUAAAGCCACGCUAUAUGUCAGAAUGCAUUGGAACUCCAAGAAGGGAAUAUCAAGAAAACGUUAUUCAUGGAAUCAGAAUCGCACCUACUUUUAAUCCAUACGUGGAGUUGAAUAAAGAUAAGAGAUAUAGGCUGGAUAACUGGCCAUCAAGAAACUGGGAUGAUUGGAAUCCUAACCAGUGCUACGCAAGAGGUGGACGCAGGAGAUUUCCUAUACCAAAGGGGUUCAUUCCUAUAAAGGAUGAACUCGGUGAAGCACAUCCUCCUAGACUGUCUGGGCGAUACAAGGCCGAUAUUGAGAAACAGUACUACAUGAAUGGGCUACCAUGGGUUUGGAAUCCAAACUAUUACACCGGAAAGGUUCAUUUUCACGACAGGGAGAUCCUGGAACCAAAGGUCUGGUACAGAACUGCCUACAGGAAGAGAAUCAUGGAGAUGGAACUCAAGAAUUUGGACAAACACAUUAAGGAUUAUAAGGAACAUUUUGUAUUAAAGAAGAGAUACUCUUACUUUGAGAAGGCGGUUGCUGGAAUCGCCGGUGAGGAAUUAUCCUCCAAGUACAUUAGGCAGAGGAAGAUACCAAAGGUAGCCUAA